AUGGAUGCUGUUUUGUGCAGAUUGCAGUCAAUUCGACAAUCUAUUGAACAUGUGACUACAUUGUCUACCGACCAAGAGGAAAAAAUUCAAACAAUGCUUUUUGAUAUCUAUAAAAAGUUACAGACAAGUUCUGCAUGCAGUGAAGACACAAUGAAGUCAUUAUGUGAUGAAGUUCUUUUCAUGUUAAGUGAAAUUGAAAGUUCAUUGUAUAUUCCAGUUGUCAACCACUUGAUAACACGCGUGAAAUGGCAGGGAAAGUAUAAUGAAUUCAGAGUACAACACGAAGACACUGUAUGCCCGGCUCAAGAAACUGAAGUUAAUGGAAAGUCUAAAAAAGCAAGUAAAAUUGAAAUCAGUUGCGAAGAUGAAUCAAUAAGUGGUGUAACUGAUGAUUACUGGGAGAAAAGGAGGGACAGAAUUCGCACUUUGUUGGGUAAUACUAGUUUAAGAUUUGAUAAAAAUUGUCUUAAAAGAAAAAAACAGAAAUCAUUGUCAUGGGAUCCUCGUAUCGUUAGAACCGAGAUAGAAUUCUCCUGCGAAGAUCGUCAAGUUUCGCAGUUACUUCGUUCAUCAGAAGAACGUACUCAAUAUUCUCAGGUGGAUAAAGACACGUUCUGGGGGCUUACUGAAGACAAUUGCCGGGUAGGCAAAGAGAAAAAGUGGAAAUCUGGAGAAACUAUUUGUGUUUUAAACUGUAAAAGUGAACUAAGGAAGCUUGCAGAGUUUUUACAAGAAAAGAAAGCAGUACGUUCAUUUUAUAUUCGAAGGAAACCGAAAGGUUUAGCCGGAUGUAAAGGGACAUGGCUAACUCCCGCGUAUUCCCCACCGCUAGUUGUCAAAUAUGGAUGCCCUGGAAAACGUUGA